UUAACGCUCUCGUUGCCUUUCAACAAAAUAAAAAAUCGACGGAAAGCCUCUCACCAUAACAACGCACGCGCAAACCAGCGUUACCGCGGCAACGUUGAUGUAAUGGACGACCGUCUGAUGCCCGUGGCUCCUCAAGUGACAAUUCCUCAACUUGGAGAGCGGAUAUUGCGGAUAAAAAAGGCUCCAGAGAUUGUUAAUAAAUCUACCUACAAUCUAGAGAAGGAGAUGGUAGCUAUCCCGGCCUUGUAUUUACGUGAAAUCAGCAGAGACUUCACAUUCACUGAAGAUGUUGUUAGAGAGAGAGGACCGGAGACUUUGCCUUAUCUCUUUUAUCCUGAAGCUGAACUAUUUCAGACAAGAGACUUACUUCGCAGUCAAACCAAAUACAAGCGUUCUACAGGACGGCAAACUCCACGUUCUCACAAUCCGCGUCAUUUCUUCCAAGGAGAAAACUUCGAAACGCAUACAAACUCGAGACAAGACUCUAAUAAAACAUCUCAGCAAACUCAACGCUCACACACAUCAAAAACCAGGGAGAAAACGAAGGGAGUAUCAAGUCACGUGACUCCCUCAUCAUCCCAUUCACAUGCCUAUCUCUCACUUAACGAUGACAAAAUAUGGGAAGAAGUUAUUUUGACAAAACUUAGUCACUCGUCUGCUGAACGUCUUGCAAGCAGAGGGUCAGGAGAUACAAGAGAACGACGCCUUCAUGUUGGCAGAGAGACAAGAGAGAGGGAAAAUGUAAAUGCUCCUCAAUCUCACAAGCGCGGCAACUCUCAUGCAGCUUAUGAUGAACCAACACUAGGUCUCACGUGUUACACACAAGCAGCCGAACCUAAACAGAGAAACUAUAGAGACGAAGUUGUGAUGAAGCGGCUGCUGCCUGUGCAUCAAAGUGAAGACGAUCGGAUACGAUUGGACAAUGACACAGUGUAUGAGAAGCGGCUGGCAGUCAGCUUUCCACAGGAGCCAAAACAGUAUAGUACAGAUACAGAGCAAUUUGGGACUCCGAAGUACAUCAUACAUGGACAUAGGAGAUGGAAAGCAUUGCCUGUUUUGACAGAAGAUCAAGCUGGGAGUAACUGGAAUCCCCCAACUCGUCUAGGAUUAGACAGUGCUUCUAGAGUUGCUAAGAGUCGUCGAAGGAAACUGAUCAAGUCGUCAUCAUCUACUCAAAUAGUCGAUGAGCUGCAAGCCAACUUGGGUGUCAAAACAAAAUGGACGUCAACAACAGUGGAGCAGCUUGCUCGUGACGUCAAGAGCAUCAAUGACCCCAUCCGACUAGCAGCCAUAACUGCGUGUGCAUAUGCCAGUCGUUUCUCACUCAAAGACAAAUCUAGCAUGAGUGACAGCCCAUUGCCAGCUGUUCUAUAUGAGGGAGUUAGAGGAGCAUUGAAUGAUGAGAAUGAGCUUGUCAGAUUAGCAGCUUCCGUUACAUUGUUUACACUUGGUAUGCCAUGUGGACAGUCUAAGAAAGUUUUAUUGGAGACAUUGGAGAAAGGGCAAGGAGCUGAUUGUUGGACAGCUGCUCAAUGUUUGGCAAGAGCAGGUGUUGGACACCUGUCCGUUGUUAGAGAGCUGGUAGGGAAGAUAUCCAGUGAAGGACAAAAGCAACAAAUUGCAGCCAAACUAUUGGCACAGCUUAGUCGCACUGAGUGCCUGGUUCAUAUGCUGAUUGCCGAGCAGCUCAACAGUGCAAAUUGGAAAAACCGAGCAGCGGCAUGCUCAAUCAUUCCCUCGCUUCGGCCUCCUCUCAGCAAGGAAGUGGCACGAAAGAUUGUUGAUCUGAUGUGGAAUGACUGGAAUAGUGAUGUUCGACAAGCAGCAGGACAGGCCCUGGGCAGAACAGGACAAGGAAAGCUUGUUCAUGAUGAGUUGAGGCUGCGACUACGAAUUGGGAAUGAAAUGGCUAAACUUGAUGCUCUGCAGAAGAUUGGGAGUCUUGGUCUCAUGACUGGUCGUUUACUGCCCUCGUUUCUUUCGUGUUUCAAGGCUGAAUACGUAUCCAUUAGACUAGAGGCAGCCAAAGUUGCCGGUUUGCUGCAUAUAAAGGACACUCAAGUAGUGAAGUGUUUAAUGAAAUUAAUGGAUGAUGCCAUUGGUGUUGUAAAAGCUCGUGCAAUUCAAUCUCUUGGUCUAAUUGGCAUGAACAAGCCCGGUUUGACUGACAAGUUGCUGUGGUCUAUGCGGUUUGAGAAGGAUUCUUUGGUUAGAGCUGAAGCAUGUCACACUCUACAGAUGAUCAAGGUUGAUGACGAUCGAGUGGUGUUGUACUUGAAAGAUCUACUGACACUAGACAGUGACCCAUCUGUGAGACAUGAAGCGGCUAUGGCCCUACAAGCCAUUGGUGAGAGUCCAACAGCUGAUGAAGGGAUGGCUGACCAAGUGAGAGUCGAAGUACAGAAACUUGGCACCGUGCCAGCAAUAACUCAGAGUAUCCUCACAGAAGCUAACGACAAAAAGAUAGAAAGACAUCGAUGUCGACUUCUAGGAAUACAAAAAUGCGAACAAAACACAAACAGAGAAGACACAGAAAUCGUAUACAGACAGAUGAGUGUGACAGAAGACGGACGAGAAUCAUCCUGCACACUUGGCAGCGAACUGUUGAGACUUGAUGGAACAGACAAUGACGUCAGACAGAGAGAGUGCGGUAUUUCUAACAACGAACCUUUUGACUCUCCAACGUCAGUGUGCUCGACGGCAAUUCAGUUGCAAGUGGCUAAAUCGGACACGGUCUCGUUCGAUUUGUGUGAGGGAGAACGACACGAAAUGGUGCAUUCUGGAAUGAGCACGUGUGCUGGAUUUGAAACUCUAGAGAGUGAUGGUUAAGAGAUAGAUGCUGCACGUAAUAAAUAUCUCUGCAGGGUUAUUAUGACAUAGAAGUUGUGAAAUGUUAUUGAUCACGUGAUGUAUGAAAUUGGAGAUCAAGAGAAAAUAAAUUAAGAAAAUUGAC